ACCUAUUUUUUUAGUGUUGCUGACGAGACGUUGAUAGCCUUGCUCUGUUCUCAAAACAUUUACAUUUGUUGGCUAAUAUAGCCGACUGCAUUCUUCUUUGACCUUGCCUGCUUUAACGUGUUUAAAGGGGAGUACUGUAAUUCAAGAGAAGCGAGAUUUAACAGCACGAAGUUCUGAUACUUGCACGGUUUUGAAUGUGAGCUUGCUAGCUAGCUAUUUUCAGAUGAUGCAUUAGCUAGCUAGCUCGGUGCCACCGAAAUUGGGGACAACAAAGUUGAUAAUCGAAUCCAGAAGUUAGCCCAAACAAACAAUACGAAUUAGUUUGGAUGCAGCUUGUUUUGUGCUUUGAAAUAAUGGGUUUCAGUAAAACGAAUUACUGUAUCAACCAAGCUCAAUUGAGUUUUUCAUGUGAGCACUGAAUAACCUUGUUUCGGUAUUUUAAUGGGAGGCGGGCUGCGUUGGAGUAGUACAUCUAGUGGGCGACACUUGCGAAGAAGGCGAAGGUGCCGGCGACGUGCUGGGCUUGGAUGGACUCGCUUGCCGGGUACGUAUACAAAGCGGCUGCUGAGGGCCGAGUCCUGACGUUGGCCGCCCUGCUGCUCAACCACUCCGAGGCUGAGACACGAUAUUUACUGAGUUACGUGACCCACCUCGCUGGCCAACGGUCAACUCCUCUCAUCAUUGCAUCUCGAAACGGACACGACAAAGUUGUGAGGCUGCUGCUGGAUCACUACAAGGUGGAUACUGAACAGACUGGCACAGUCAGAUUUGACGGGUAUGUCAUUGAUGGGGCCACCGCUUUGUGGUGUUCGGCUGGCGCAGGACACUUUGAGGUGGUCCGCCAGUUGGUGUGCCACCAGGCGAAUGUCAACCACACCACUGUCACCAACUCCACCCCCCUGAGAGCGGCCUGCUUUGACGGGCGCCUGGACAUUGUGAAAUACCUGGUGGAACACCAGGCCAACAUCGGCAUCGCCAACAAGUAUGACAACACCUGCCUGAUGAUCGCUGCCUACAAGGGCCACACGGACGUGGUGGGCUUUCUGCUGGAGCAUGGCGCUGACCCCAAUGCCAAGGCCCACUGUGGGGCCACCGCCCUGCACUUUGCUGCUGAGGCAGGCCACCUGGACAUCGUGAAGGAGCUGGUGCGCUGCCAGGCAGCCAUGGUGGUGAACGGCCAUGGCAUGACGCCGCUCAAAGUGGCGGCGGAGAGCUGUAAGGCGGACGUGGUGGAGUUGCUGCUGUUGCACGCCGAGUGUGACCCACACAGCCGCAUCGAGGCUCUGGAGCUCCUGGGUGCCUCGUUCGCCAACGACCGAGAGAACUAUGACAUCCUCAAGACCUACCACUACCUCUACCUGGCCAUGUUGGAGCGCCACCGCGAUCUCGGCGCGCUCAUCGCCAAGGAGCUGCUGCCACCCAUCGAGGCCUACGGCGGUAGGGGCGAGUGCUGCACCCCGCAGGAGUUGGAGGCCAUCCGGGCGGACCGCAAUGCGCUGCACAUGGAGGGCCUGAUGGUGCGCGAGCGCAUCCUGGGCUCGGACAACAUCGACGUGUCACACCCCAUCAUCUACCGGGGUGCUGUGUAUGCCGACAACAUGGAGUUCGACCAGUGCAUCAAGCUGUGGCUGCACGCGCUGCUCCUGCGCCAAAAGGGCAACCGCAACACUCACAAGGACCUGCUGCGCUUCGCCCAGGUCUUUUCCCAGAUGGUGCACCUGAAGGAGCCGGUGGGGGCGGAGCCAGUGAAGCAGGUGCUGCACUGCAGCGUGCUGGAGAUCCAGAGGAGCAUGGCCAGGGUGGAAGCAGCGCCUGAGGCCGAGCUUCACACGGCCAUGGACAACUACGAGUCCAACGUGUUCACCUUCCUUUACCUGGUGUGCAUCAGCACCAAGACAGUGUGUGGUGAGGAGGAGCGCGCCCGCAUCAACAAGCAGAUCUACAACCUGAUCCAGCUGGACCCGCGCUCGCGGGAGGGCUCGUCCCUCUUGCACCUGGCCAUCAGCUCCAGCACUCCAGUGGACGACUUCCACACCAACGAUGUGUGCACCUUUCCCAACGCGCAGGUAACCAAGCUGCUGCUGGACUGCGGCGCGCAGGUGAACGCGGUGGACCAUGAGGGCAACAGUCCGCUGCACAUCAUUGUGCAGUACAACCGGCCCAUCAGCGACUUCCUGACGCUGCACGCAAUCAUCAUCAGCCUGGUGGAAGCGGGCGCCCACACUGACAUGACCAACAAGCAAAAGAAGACGCCACUGGACAAGAGCACCACGGGAGUGUCAGAGAUCCUGCUCAAGACCCAGAUGAAGAUGAGCCUCAAGUGCCUGGCGUCGCGGGCCGUUCGCCAGCACCAAAUCACAUACCGCAACCAAAUCCCUAAGACUCUGGAGGAGUUUGUGGAGUUCCACUGAUCCACCUGGCCAUGGAGAACUUUUAAACAAUUAGAAUCUCUUGUUCUUUUUUUGUUUUGUUAUAAUUUUCUAACAAAUCAGAACGGUGCUGGCUGGGGAUGAUUAUGAACAGUUUGACACAUUGUGGUUUUUAACAAUGGUUCCCUUUUUUUCUAUUAUAAGUAUGAAUUGCGAGUACCAGCAGGAGCGCCCAUGUUCUCCAGAUCUCUUACUGAAGUGUGUUAAUGUCUGUGGUUGUCAUUCUGACUCCUGGGUGUCACCAGCAGAAUGAGGAAAUUGACAGCCUGCUUUGUGCUUUCACUUUCCCAGAGUGUUCCAAAGAGAAUACUUGGCACAGCCAAGCAUCCACACAAUGGUGACAACAGCAGGACCAUUUGACAGCUUGUACUGCAUGGAUCCAAUUGUCCCAGACAUCCAGCUGGGUUCGCAACCAUGAAAAGUAACAUUGCACUCUUGAUUCUUUUUGCCUUAUCAUGUUUGCCUGUUGCAGGGAUGUUGUGUGCCAUGUUGCAAUGAUUAUGGGGGUCAGUGGUUUGUUGGUGUGUGUUUGAGGGAGCGAAUGCGUGUCAGUCAGAGAAAGGCUGGGAGGUGAGACGGUAGUAGUUAGUCUUGGCGAUAGAGAAUAAGCAAAUGCGCGGCUUUGCCAAGCAGCCAGUCAAACUUGUGUGUUAGACAGUGACGCAGAGAUCUUGUGGGACUUUCUUUUAUUUCAGUCACCCAUUGCUCUUUAAAGUUGUCACGGUUCCACUGAUGUCUACAUUUUGACAUUGGUUUGUCUUGUGAUUCUCAUUUCUAGUUGGAUUGUCUGCUUAUGUUUGGUUCCAAACUCAUGACUGGUGAUUGAGUCUUGCAUUAUAAUAACAGAUCGUUUCAGAUUUCUCUAGAAGAACAGCGAGCCAACCCACACAGUACAGAGAGAGAGGGAGAGAACUGCUGGGCAGCACUUUAUACUUAUAAUAGGAGUAUUUUAUUUUUCUUUCAUAACUGAUAUUUAAAAAAAACAAAAUCAAAAGGAAGUUUUAUUUAAGAGGGUAUGUUUGAAGAUAUAUUUUUAUGGAAAAAACAUCUGUGGAAGUAGAUGUAAAAGGAGCUUUCUUUUACACAAACACUGACUGGUAAAGAUGUGCCUGUGAUUCUAUUUAGAUUUUCUCUAUCGGAGUAAUUAGGCGUAGAUGUCCCCUUUUAACCAAGUCACCAACGCAUGUGGGUUGUUGGCCAUCCUGAUGAGCUUUUCUGCAGUGUGAGGGAACGAGCUUGGCGGCUGUCUGUGGAGACUCCAUGGCUUUGGCUGAGUAUGACCACAUACGGGCCUUUAAAUGGAUGCUGCUGGUAUUGAUGUUUGAGCAUGUCUUCCAUUCUACGUCUUUUGGAUUUGUGUGUGGGUGCGCAUGCUGAGAUCGAGGGAAGGACUGUGGAAUGUUCCUGGCGGGGUUGAAUGUAUGCCUGUAGUCUUUUCCCUCAUGCUUUGCAACAUGUCGUUUGUCCAUAAUAACCAACGAUUUGUACAGUCCGUCCUUGUUCUGUUUCCUAAUCAGAUGGUCAGAGAUUAAAGCUGAGAAUGAAAGGUGAUUUCUGCCGAUUUUUCUUUGAUUUUCAUCGAGGUGAUACUGUGACCAUAGCGUGCUGUUAAGUGUGCUUUCUACUUUAAAAGGGCGUGCGUGUUAAGACUUUAAAUGCUCUCGCUAUUGAUUUGAUCCGAUUUGGCUUUUACUGUGGUGACACUGUUAAAAAAAAUCUGGAGUGGAGAAUGUAUGUACAUUACCAGUCAAAAGUUUGGACACACCUACCUCAUUCAAGGGUUUUUCUUUAUUUAAAAAAAAAAACAUUUUUCUACAUUGUAGAAUAAUAGUGAAAACACAAACUAUGAAAUAACACAUGG